AUGUCUGAAAGUGACGAGCUCUACACUCUGCGCCAGCAGUUCUUCACCGGUGAGCUGGAGGAAGUUUCCCAGAUCUCCCUCGAGGACUACAACGACGAGACACAGGAUCUCGCAAUCGAGUAUAAGCUAAGGUCGUUGAUUCUACUCGGUAAGUUCAAGGAGGCUCAGGGCCUGGCCAAGGGGAUCGACAAUGCUGUUUUGGCCAAGACGGUCUCUCUCUAUGCUGACUUUGUCCAGGGUCAAGACGUCUCCUCCAAAUUUGACGCUUUGAUCUCGGAGGAGAAGCGUGAAUCUAUUGUACAAAACUUGGGUUCUUUCUACUUGGUUAAGCAAGGACGUACAGACGAGGCCAUCACUCUGCUCCAGCACCAUGAGAACUCGCUGGAGGCUGUUCUGCUGCUGGUACAAUUGUACCUUUCACAGGGUAAGCUUGAGCUGGCUGAGAAGGAGGUCUCUGUCGCCUCAUCUUAUGCGCAGGAUAGCAUCAUCUUUAACUUGGCUGAGGCGUAUGUCAACUCUGCGAAAAACGGUGAGUCGCUGAGAGGCUCCUUGUACUUCUUUGAAGAGUUGAGCCAUUCGCACCCUACCGUAAAGACGCUUGUUGGCGAUUUGGUGUUGAACUUCCAAUUGCGUCAAUUCCCUGAGGCUGAUGAAGUGUUGAGAAAGAUUGCUGAGACCAACGGUGCCAGUGCGGAGUUAUUGGCUAAUGAAUACGCAUAUGCUCAGAUCAAGGGUGAUUCUACAGAGGCAAGCGACAAACUGAGCCAGCUAUCCAAGCUGGAUCCAAAUUUCCCAACGGUAUUGGACAUUGACGAGAAGAACAAGUUAUUCGACUCCAUAGUGGAAAAGUACAACAGUCAGAUCGUCAAUUGA